AUGCUGCACUUGGAGACAAUUGACUUGGCCCGGAUUGUGGCUGGUGACUCCCAUGAGAGACAGAAGCUCAAGGAAGCUGCCACACGUCCUGGAGGGUUGCUCUUGGACUUCAAGAAUACCGAUGCAACUAUCCUCGACACUGUGUCGCGAUUGUAUGAUUUGUCGGAUCGUUAUUUCCAACGUCCUAGUGAAGUAAAAUUGAAGGACGUUCGCGAGGAUAUACCACCCUCCAGUGAUCGAGGCUACAAGAGCAGUGAUUGCGAUGAGACAUUCGAGUUCGCCGAUGACGAGCUCUUGCGGGGUGAUUUGAGCCUUCCACCCAUUCUGGACGAAGAGAGGGACCUCGUCCGCCAAUUCAACGAGCUCUGCCACGCGGCAACCAUAUCUCUACUCUCCUCACUCUCCGAUUCUCUCAGCCUCGAGGGCGACAAACGCUUCGAGACGCACCACCGGACAACCGACAGCAGCGAAACCGGCCUCAAACUCAUCUGCGAGCCGUCGCUUGCCAAAGCCGCAGACGUCGUCGAGAACAAGCACACCGACAGCGGGACAUUUACCCUAUUGUUCUACGAGCGGGUGGGAUUGCAUGUGUACCUCCCCGAGGAAGACAGAUGGGACUUUGCACCUGUUCCGCCCCCGGCUGCGCUCUCGUCACCGUGGCCGAUUCUCUGCAGCGAUUGUCGCAGGGACAAUUCCACUCACCCCUGCACCGGGUGA